UUUUUAGCUACCCGACACCCUCUUAUUCAACGAUAAUGGGAGGGGGGAACCAUGGUUUUGGGUGGGGGAAAAUCACCUAAAGUAGUGAAUUGCGAUAGAAAUGAAGGCCAGACUCGUUCAAAACACCCCAAAAACCACCGGAAAAACAUAAUUUCAACCUAACCUAACACACGGGGCGCUCGGACGAUGGGAACUUAAAAUCCUAAAAUUGGGCUGGAUGACCAAGACAACAAUACACUACUUUGUUCUCUGUGACAGCAAAUUGGGACCACCACCACUCUGUUUGCCUACACCGUAAAUAUACACAACAUGAAUCAGUUUGAACAUGUAUGACAAUAGUACGGAAUAAAUAUCUUUAUAUGAAUGGAAACAAAAAUUAAAUAAAACGUUGCAGAUAUAUCAAGGAGCCAGUUCAUGUAUAGUACGUGCCAACAGUGAGUAACAGAGAUAUGACCGACUGCCCUCGCUGCUAACGAGCCGAUCAGUGGCGAAGAAAAUAAAAGUAAGAAAGUUAAUUAAAGGUAAUAAUGCAAGCGGAAGAGGCGUGGCGUGGCCUUGGCACUAAAUAGACAUGGCAACGUGUGUGGUGAGGUGCUAACUAGAAUAAUAAUACAACUUUGCACUUAUAAGUAAUUAGAUGUCUGAAAUGUGAGAAAAUGGUGGAAAAUAUAGAAAUAAUUUACACCACCAGAAUACAAUAUAGGUUUUAUGGAAGGCGAGUUUUUCACUACAGUAACACUCGCCGUCAACGGGUAGGACAGGCUAUAAAUAUUUGUACUUAAUCUUUGUCAAAAUUAUAUCGUGUGCUAUUAUAUACUUAUUAUUGUGACUCGUCAUAGUGAUUUUAUACCAUUGCAUUUUAUUUGGCGUAUUAUAUGGUUUAUAAGACUUUUUUUUAUUUGCUGUACAAGUGUAUUUUCUACUUUGUGAACGAUGUGUCUCGGAAUAUUGUGUUCACGAAGUCUCGGGCAUGACGGCUGAACCUGAAACAAAAUGUGAGGCAUUUCUGGCCGGGUUUUUAUCAUUAUUACUUAAAUCUUGAAAGUAAAACAUAAAUUAGCUAGAAUUGAAAGAUUUAGAGCAGAUUUAUACCUGCUGAGUUAUAUCGUCUCGUGAAAAUGUUGAUCUACUUGUAUAAAGUUCUUACAGUUUUAUAGCUCACUGAUAAACGCACUACAACUAUUUAGCUCUCACACACACACACACGUUUGCUCACUGAGUCAGUAUCUUUAUAGACGCGCCAGCACCAUCACCAUGUCACCACCACUCUUAACAUUACUCGGUGUGGUUGUGGUGCAAGGUGUGAUUAGCGAAUAAUUAUGUGGACUUAACCUACGACUUGGGCAGCCAAGCCAUGACUCAUCCGGGCACCAAGCCUUUUGUGUGUGAGAGAGAGAGAGAGAGAGGCCUGGGGCUAUACUAUCCCUGGUAUGAGACGAAUAGUUUCUGCUCUUCCGAACAUUACGGUACGCACUUAGACUCUCCCUCACACUUUGCUGAGGGAAAGUGGACUGUCGACCAGAUCCCUCUCACGCAUCUCAUGGGACCAGGUGUGGUAAUUGACAUACAAGCAAAGGUAGAGGAAGACCCAAAUGCCGAGCUGACCACAGAUGACCUGAUGGAGUGGUUGGGGGAGCACGGUCCUCUUCCUGAUGGUGUAAUCCUCCUGUUGAGAACUGGAUGGGGCACCAGGUUUGGCAACAGAACGGCGUAUUAUGGGACAGACGGUAAUGAUACAAGCAAACUAGCUUUUCCAGGCUUCAGCCCCGGAGCUGCUCAGCUGUUGGUAGGGUAUGAAGCAGCCACUGGUCGUCGGGUCUUUGGUGUAGGUCUGGAUACUCCCUCCCUUGACUAUGGUCCAUCAACGCUGUUCACCUCACACGUGGAAUUUAGCUCGGCAAACAUCUUUGGUCUGGAGAACGUUGCAAAUUUAAAGAAAUUGCCUACUACAGGGUUCCAUCUGACUGUAAUGCCCAUGAAAAUUAAGGGUGGUAGUGGCGCUCCUGCACGCAUCAUAGCCACACUACCUGAAGUUAGAUCUGCCUCAAUUCCCACCCAACGUGACAGCUCUGCCACAAGUCUCAUCACGAAAGCAUCACUUCAUUAUUAUAUGGGUGUGAUUCUUCUACUCUUGCAGGGAUGUAUAUAAAACAUUUGAAUCAGGUUAGGUUAGGUUAUAAAAGUUUGAAUCAGGUUUGUUCCUCCCUGAUGUGCUGUUUUAAGGAUAGUUUAUUUUAACUUGUGUGAUGUUUUAAUUGCCGAGGUGUUUGGUUGGUUCAGUUCCUUCUCUCAUUUCAAAUUAAUUAUAACAGGCAAAAUCAACCCACAAUUACUCUACUGUGUAUUGGUCUCUUGUCGUUCCUAAGCUUGCAUGUGUUCCAAGCAUACUGUUGCAUGCUGAACAAGUUUGGACAUUCUUACACUGAACAAGCCUGGACAUUCUUACACUGAACAAGCCUGGACAUUCUUACACUGAACAAGCCUGGACAUUCUUACACUGAACAAGCCUGGACAUUCUUAAACUGACUAAGCCUGGACAUUCUUACACUGAACAAGUUUGGACAUUGUUACACUGAACAAUAAGAAUGGAAACACUUGAGAUAAAAGUAGUGAAGUGGAGGAAAACAAAAGAACUGAGAUUUAUUGACGUCUGCUCUAAAUAGUAUGAAACUGGGUACAAUACAGUGACACAUCCAGGGUAGAGCUGUCCAAGAGAUGGGUGAUAUUUUAACAUAACUAUCAGGUGAUGGUAAGGUGUCAGAUGUGUUACCAUAGUUAUAUCAGGUGAUGGUGUGCUGUCAGUAAGGAAUCUAUAUAUUUCACCCAUCAAAACAAUGUAGACAAGAGGGCUCACCAGUAUUGAUGCCAACAGUAUUGUAUUUUAUGUCUAAAUAGUAUAAUUUUUUAUGAAGAUUUAUUUUAACAUUUAGAUUUAAUAUUUUACUCUUGGUUAGUAUUAUGUAUUCGUAAUGUACAGUAGUUCCAGAUGUGAGAUACGGUUUUAUAUAUAUUAGAUGUUAUGUAGUUUUUAACUCAGAUUUGUACAGUACACUUAAUCCUUGUUAUUCUUGAGGGACAGGUCCGCGAAUACCGUUGUUGGUCGCUAUGAACCUACCUUAACUAAGUGCCAAACUGAAUAGAUAAAUUAAGAAUUGUAUUAGAAAAUAUUAAUGUACAGGACUGAUUCUCUUCUUUUUUCUUUUCUUCUAAUUCCUUUGCUUGUGGUGUGAAGUAAGUUAGCUCUCCUCACCAGGUCCCCGCCACCCAUUGAGCCAUAGUACAGUAUUAAAAAAAGGCUGAGGGCCGUCUUACAGAUCACAUUCUGGGCCUUUCUUCACCUUAUUUUGAUUUAUCAUGUCCCCUGAGGCUUAAUGCUCUUUACAGUGAAACCUCCAGAUGACAGACUUCUCUCUCUAUAUAUAAUCCACUACAGGGGAGGUAUUAUUUCUAAUGGACCUUCGAUAUAUCAAACUUUCAUCUCCUUAUAGGUCGUUAGAUGGAGUUUUUAUUUCUAAUGGACCCUCGAUUUAACGGACUUUAUUCUCCAUAUACUGUACUGUUGUCCAUUAAAUCGAGGUGUUACUGUACAUAUCACCAGUGUAUUGUUGUGUGUCACCUGAGGCACUAUGGUGGGGGGCUGGAAGUGACACUCAAGUUUAUCCAACAGUUCAGUCUUUUGUACUUGAUCAUCUUUAUCACUACUUGUAUCACCACUUAAUUAACUUGUCAGAUACAAAGCGUGCGACAGACUGAGUGUGGCUUGGGAACAUUUUGAGAUGUGUCGAGAGGAAAUAGCGCUCACCUCCUAUUGUGUGGGUCAUUGGUUUGAACCCCAGGCACACCUAGUUCACCCAGCUGUAAAUGGGUACCUAAACUAACAAGUUAGGGAAGCGAGCGUAGUCAAGAGCAGUACCGGCCAUGCUGCCUCCUUGUGUACCGAUGGUUUAGUAUACAGUGUGCCAGUCAUGCCAAUGGGACGCACUUUCACUCAUCAAUUUAGACAGUUCCAGAUUCCUUCCACAUAAUUAACACUGAGUUCUAAGAUGAUAAACAACAAGGAAUAAUUGUACUAUAUUUUUAAAGAUUAAUCCAUUUGUACUAUAGUGUUGUGUUGAUUCAUCAUAAAUACUGUAAUGUACUAACAACUGUGUUGUUCAUAGUUUUUAUUAUGUAUUAUUCUCAUUAUAUAUUAGAUGUAACCUUAUGACUGAUGAAAAUUUAUAAAUGUUGAUGAGUAGAUGUAGAUAGACCAGUACUGUAGAUAGACAAAUUCAUUUACAGUCACUCAAAAAACUAUGUAUACAAAAUUGUGUUGAAAAAAUAUGAGAAUAUGGACGAAGGAUUUUGACAACCCUACCGAGACAACAAGAGUCCCAGUGUUCAUUCUGAAAUUCGUCGAUCACCUCUGAAGUAGAUAUAGUUUUUAGAGUGACUGUACAGUAGUUGAGGGGUGUUGAAGAAAGUUACAGUAGCAUUAUAUAUGUAGCUAUAACAUGUGAUGGUACUAUACGAUAAUUAAAUAAGUGGAGAUCUAAUUAAUUGAUUCCUUAGUUUAAAUUUUCUUAUUAUAGGGGAUAUGAAAUAAAGUGUUUUAUGAAUAUGAGAAAAAAUAAAUAAAUCCUCUUCAAAAAUUA